AUGCAGUCCGUUCUUCCUUAUACAUUGAACCCGCAGUGUAUGGUGGGGUGUGAAAAAAUGAAAAUUUUGAAUCCCAACACCGCCGCUUUGACAGGCCCAAUGAUCACAGCGCGGGAACCGAAUCUUGUCAGCGGUGGGCUGCUGCACAACUGGGACGCCAACGCCGCCUCUGCGCACCUUUCGACAGUUAAAACGGUGCAUACAUGGGAUCUCUCAUGGACAGAAAAGGAGGCCUACUGGGAAAAGAAUGUCGGGCAAUGUACCGCCCCAGAAGAGGUGGAAGGACUUCUUCCCUCCAAAUGGAUCGGCUACAACGUGAGCAGUGAUGUAGACGAGACACUGGCGCUGGUUUGUAAGCUCUGCACAGCGCUUGUAGACAAAUUUGUGUCUCUCUCCCGUGGGGAUAACGCCAAUGUCUCCACCACGAAGUGGCGUCAACGUCAAGUGCUCUAUGAUCGCCUGGGGGCUGUCGUUGAACUUUUAGAAGCCUCCAUUGGGGAGGCGAUUCCCAUUUUACGUCUCCGUGAUCCGGAGUUUGUGCGGGACUGUUGGCAGCAACUUCAGGACGAGGAAAGGAUGGAUAUCAUGUCUGCUCUAAACGCCGCGGACCAUAGGGAGACGUUCCGUCGCUGA